AUGAAACAGGGCGGACUUGGGCAGGAGACUCUGAGCAUGUGCACCAUGUACCGGUCCGGGCUGACACUGCUGGCCCUGCGUCAGUUGAAGCUCUGUGCGCUGGGUUCUGACACGCCGGACGACAGCUGGCAUGCAGCCAGGGCACGCACGGAGCUCACCCGGACAAUCGCUCUUCCGAACCCAUCGGCGAUGCCAUUGGAGGGCGGGCCCAGUAGGCGGGGCCUCAUUGCCGCGCGAUUCAACAGCCUGAUGGAGUCGACACUGCACUUGUCUGGUGGGUACCGAGGGCCAGACUCACAGUUCGCGGCGCGGAUCCUGAAUACCCUCGUCAUGCCCCUGGCUGUGGCUGGCAGCUCGCCCGUGCUGUUCCACGAUCUUGCGCGGAUAAUCGGCAUGGAUCUCCGGUGUCCCCGCGUGGCCAGGACGAUCGUCGACCUUGUUUCAUUGCGAUUCGAUGCUAUUUGGGCGCACCACAGCGAGUGCAGCGUCUGGCAGCGCGACUGGUCUCGAUUGCAGAACACCGGAGUGUGCGUGGUCGACGCCAUACCUGGCGCCAAUGGCCCGGUCGCUUCGCAUGCGGAUCCAGCAUGCGUACAGGACGAGCCUUCGAUUGUCAAGGCGGGCGGCUGUGGGAUUGACGAUUGCGUGUAUGGUAACAGCAGGGAGCGUGCUUUGCGACAGCUGAGGGUGCUGGGCGACGAUUUGGAGCGGCGGCAGGCGGAAAAGGCUAGGGCUGCUCUUGCUGCAAAGGAUCGCGCGGACAGGGUUACAAAGCCUGCCCCUACGGAAUCUGUAUCCAUACCGGCACCUGCACCAGAGACUGCGUCCAAGUCUGCCCUCGGCAGUUCUAUUUUUGGAAAAGUUGAGGAGGACGAGCUUGGAUUCAUGCUGUUGCGGCGCCGGCGAUCUCGCGCAAACCAGCGAUGA